AUGUACCUCACAAUGGUCUAUAAACGAGACGAGCUGGCCAAGCGUACAUCCUAUCUUGUCUCAUGCACAGCAAUAUCUGGCGCUUUUGGUGGGCUACUUGCCUAUGGCUUGCUACAAAUGGAUGGUGUCGGAGGAUACGCAGGCUGGAGAUGGGUCUACAUUGUCGAAGGAGCUUUCAGCAUUCUUUGCGCCUUCGCAGUGUGGUUUGGUCUUCCCAGUGACAUUCGAAAGGCGUAUUUUCUCAACGAAAACGAACGUCAACUCAUGGAAGUACGUCAUCAGGAGCGUCUGGACUACAUGGGAAGCGAGGAGCUCGAUUGGCAGGAGAUCAAACUUGCGUUCUUGGACGCAAAGACUUGGCUAUCUGCUUGGACCCAGUUCUGCCAAAACAUUCUCACCAACGGCUUUGGAACAUUUUUGCCCUCAAUCCUUCGAGCCAUGGGACAUGGCACACUGGCGGCGAAUUACUUGACUAUUCCAGUCUACUGUCUAGGAGCUUUGGCGUUCUUUACCUUCGCUUUCCUAUCUGACAAGUAUGGGAAAUGCGGUUUCUUUUUGUUCGGCACGAACAUCCUGGGCGCCGUCGGCUACGCGAUUCUGAUCGGUGUCAGUAACAAUGCCGUCAAGUACUUCGCCUGCUUCGUAUGCACUAUUGCUGUUUACAAUGGAACUGGCCUCAAUCUUGCCUGGCUCAAUGUCAACAUGGCCCCGCAGUGUAAAUAUUCCACAUUAAUGCUGAGUUCGGCGAGCUGA